CAAACAUCUGACUUGAAGAAUGAAGCCAGUUACAGGUUAGACUUGUUUCUUAUAUGUGAUGCUGUUCCAGUACUGGACUCAUGGAGGCUGAGCGUUUAAGGAGUCCAUAGAGGCUACUGUAUAGUGUUGAAGAACAUGUCUAACAGUAACACUACUCAAGAGACCCUGGAAAUAAUGAAAGAAUCAGAAAAAAAACUCGUGGAAGAAUCUGUAAACAAAAACAAGUUUAUAGCUAAGACUCCAAGUAAGGAAGAAAUUGAAAAAGAAAGUGAAGAUACCAGUUUGCGUCAGGAGACACAGGAUUAUGAAUUCCUUUUUGACAAGAGGCGGACAUCUAACCAUGGUCAUGCCAGGAAAAGAGCCAAGUCUAAUUCCAAGCUGAAGUUGGUGCGCAGCCUGGCAGUAUGUGAAGAGUCCUCCACCCCAUUUGCUGAUGGGCCACUAGAAACCCAGGAUAUAAUUCAAUUGCACAUCAGUUGCCCCUCUGACAAGGAGGAAGAAAAGUCUACAAAAGAUGUCUCUGAAAAGGAAGAUAAAGACAAAAACAAAGAAAAAGUCCCACGAAAGAUGCUAUCCAGAGACUCCAGCCAAGAAUAUACGGACUCUACUGGAAUAGACCUACAUGAAUUUCUUGUAAAUACACUGAAAAAAAACCCAAGGGACAGAAUGAUGCUGCUAAAAUUAGAACAGGAGAUUCUGGAAUUUAUUAAUGACAACAAUAACCAGUUCAAGAAGUUUCCUCAGAUGACCUCGUAUCACCGGAUGCUAUUACACCGGGUAGCUGCCUAUUUUGGGAUGGACCACAAUGUUGAUCAAACUGGGAAAGCUGUCAUCAUCAACAAAACGAGUAACACAAGAAUCCCUGAACAGAGGUUCUCAGAACAUAUAAAGGAUGAGAAGAAUACAGAAUUUCAACAGAGAUUCAUUCUCAAAAGAGACGAUGCCAGUAUGGACCGAGAUGAUAACCAGAUCAGAGUUCCAUUGCAGGAUGGAAGGAGGAGCAAGUCAAUAGAAGAGAGAGAGGAGGAAUAUCAAAGGGUCCGAGAGAGAAUAUUUGCCCGAGAGACUGGCCAGAACGGAUAUCUAAGUGACAUCAGGGGGAACCGUGAAGGGCUGAGCCGCACCUCAAGCAGCCGCCAGAGCAGCACAGACAGCGAACUCAAAUCCCUGGAGCCCCGGCCUUGGAGCAGCACAGACUCUGAUGGCUCUGUCCGGAGCAUGCGACCCCCUGUCACCAAAGCCAGCAGCUUCAGUGGAAUCUCUAUCCUCACCCGAGGUGACAGCAUUGGCAGCAGCAAAGGUGGCAGUGCAGGAAGGAUUUCCAGGCCAGGUAUGGCACUAGGUGCCCCAGAAGUGUGCAACCAGGUCACCUCAUCCCAGUCUGUCCGGGGCCUUCUCCCUUGCACUGCCCAGCAGCAGCAGCAGCAGCAGCAGCAGCAGCAGCAACUUCCUGCUCUCCCACCCACACCUCAGCAACAGCCACCCUUGAAUAAUCACAUGGUCUCACAGCCAGUCCCGUCUCUGCAGCCCUCUUCGCAGCCUGUUCAGUUCUCUCCAAGCUCCUGUCCCCAAGUCCUUCUGCCAGUCUCUCCGCCCCAGCAGUACAACAUGGCAGAUGACCUCAGCAAUCCCUUUGGACAAAUGAGUCUUAGCCGCCAAGGCUCUACUGAAGCAGCAGACCCAUCCUCAGCUAUGUUCCAGCCUCCACUUAUCUCCCAGCACCCUCAGCAGACCAGCUUCAUCAUGGCUUCCGCGGGACAGCCCCUCCCCACUUCCAGCUAUUCCACCUCUAACCAUGCACCACCUACUCAGCAAGUUCUGCCACCCCAGGGCUACAUGCAGCCCCCUCAACAGAUCCAGGUUUCCUAUUAUCCUCCUGGACAGUAUCCUAACUCCAACCAGCAAUAUCGACCUCUUUCUCACCCGGUGGCCUACAGCCCCCAACGUGGUCAACAGCUGCCUCAGCCAUCCCAGCAGCCUGGUUUACAGCCCAUGAUGCCUAACCAGCAGCAGGCGGCUUACCAAGGCAUGAUUGGGGUCCAGCAGCCUCAGAACCAGGGCCUGCUCAGCAACCAAAGGAGCAGCAUGGGGGGCCAGAUGCAAGGCCUGGUGGUUCAGUACACUCCACUGCCUUCUUACCAAGUUCCAGUGGGUAAUGACUCACAAAAUGUGGUUCAGCCACCUUUCCAGCAACCCAUGUUGGUCCCUGCAAGCCAGUCUGUGCAAGGAGGCCUCCCAGCAGGGGGUGUACCAGUGUACUACAGCGUGAUCCCCCCAGCUCAGCAGAAUGGUACAAGCCCUUCUGUGGGUUUUCUGCAACCUCCUGGCUCUGAGCAGUACCAGAUGCCUCAGUCUCCCUCUCCUUGCAGUCCACCACAGAUGCCACAGCAGUACUCAGGAGUGUCACCAUCUGGACCAGGUGUGGUGGUCAUGCAACUAAAUGUUCCUAACGGACCCCAGCCCCCCCCGAACCCAUCCAUGGUCCAGUGGAGUCACUGUAAAUAUUACAGCAUGGACCAGCGAGGUCAGAAGCCUGGAGACCUAUACAAUCCUGACAGUAGUCCCCAGGCCAGCACACAGAUGAGCAGCAGUCCUGUCACAUCUCCUACCCAGUCUCCAGCACCUUCUCCUGUCACCAACCUCAGCACCGUCUGCACAGGACUUAGUCCCUUGCCUGUCCUCACACAGUUCCCACGGCCUGGGGGCCCAGCACAGGGUGAUGGACGCUACUCCCUCUUGGGCCAGCCAUUACAGUACAAUCUGUCCAUCUGCCCUCCCUUGCUCCACAGCCAGUCGACUUACACAGUGCACCAGGGACAGAGUGGACUGAAGCAUGGAAACCGGGGCAAGAGACAAGCACUCAAAUCUGCCUCCACUGACCUGGGGACGGCAGAUGUUGUCCUGGGGCGGGUGCUGGAGGUGACAGAUCUCCCUGAGGGCAUCACCCGUACUGAGGCGGACAAACUCUUCACGCAGCUUGCCAUGUCGGGCGCCAAGAUCCAGUGGCUCAAAGAUGCUCAGGGGCUGCCUGGUGGGGGAGGGGGGGACAACAGUGGGACUGCCGAGAACGGCCGCCACUCGGACCUCGCUGCCUUGUACACCAUCGUGGCUGUGUUCCCCAGCCCUCUGGCUGCCCAAAAUGCCUCUCUUCGCCUCAACAACUCUGUGAGUCGCUUCAAACUUCGAAUGGCCAAAAAGAACUAUGACCUGAGGAUCCUGGAGCGAGCCAGCUCCCAAUAAAUGGAGGAGGGGAAGGGACCGGCACAGUAGGGGUGGAGGGGGUUGAGGAGGGAUCCUGACAGACCAUGGACAGAGGCAGGAAGUAAAGAGAGUGACACCCAACUGGAGCCUGAGCAUUAGGGAUGGAAACAGAUGAAGAUGGAAAUACUCAACACUGGCACUGGACUCCUUGCUCCCCACAGGUCCCCUCGUUUCCCUGAUUGUGCCCCCUCUGCUUCCCUGUCCUUCCCAUCCUCUUCUAUCAUUUUUUUAUCUCUUCUCCCACCAUAAAAUUAAUUUCUUUCCUAUUUUUUUGUCAGGUAGAAUUGGGAUGGGCCUACAUGUCCCUAUUCUCCUAUUUCCUUAACAUCCCAAGCCUCCUUCCCUUUUUGGUCUUUAUGAAUAUAUUUAUAUGGACAGAAUUAAGAAAAAAUUGAUUUCCCCAUUCUCUCAUUUCCCCUAUCUUGUCUUCCCAAACCCCACAGAGUUAAAACUUGGGACUCCCCACCCCCAGAACACUUGUAUAUUGUUUGUCUGAGAUUUGUGCCGCAGUAACAGACACAGUAUUUAAUUGCACAUAAAGAUGUUUGCUGGGUAUAUUCACUGUAAAUUUUAUUUAAUCUGGUUUUUUGUUUGUUUGGAGGGAUAAUUGGGGGGAGGCUUGUUUUGUUUUUAAAUAUAAAAGAAAAUCAGUCUCUGGA